AUGUGCAACCGCUUACUUGGUGGCCUCCUGUCCGCUGCCACCCUGGCGCUGCGCUGCAUGGAUGGCGUUUUCCUCUCGCCCAACGAGGAUGAGUUCGUGGGCAGGAUCGCGGAGGAGCUGGAGCACUUCAUGCUGCAGGGGCAGCACCACAGAGUGCUCCUGUUCCCCCCUCUGUCCAGUCGCCUCAGGUACCUGAUCCAUCGGACCGUGGACAACGUGGAUUUGUUGAGCAGCUUUUCUGUGGGAGAAGGAUGGAGGAGGAGGACGGUCAUCUGUCACUCGGCCAUAAGGCUGCCCAGUGAGACGAGCGACCAAAAACCCAGCAGCAACCCACCGAGACCGCCGCGACCUCCGCAGCCGUGGGGCCGGGGGGGCCGAGGCGGCAGGCUGCGGCAUGGCGGGGAGGUGCACAGUGACAACUCUCGAGCCUGCGUGGGGUCUGGCAGGAUAAAAAGGCCGCCCAGGAAGAAGCCAGAUAAAGCCCUGUACGUCCCCAAGGCGAUGCGCAAGAAGGCAGAAUGGGGGGAGCAGGAGAGCCCGGUGGCGGCAGGCACCGAGUCAGGUGGGGAUAUGGCACAAGAAGAAGAGAUCUGCCCUAAAGCUUCAGUUGGGGACGCCCAGGAGGAGCUGGGUAAGUCUGAAGGCAGCCCAGGUGGUGUCUCCUUGGCCCUUGGCAAGGAACAGGAGCCUGGCGAAGAGUGUGUUUCAGGAACAAGUAAUGAUGCGUGUCCUCCUUGCUGUACGGAUGUCCCGUCGUUGGAGAACAGUAAUGAUUUCUCUGGGCAGGAAAGUCAGGAUAAAGACUGUUCAGAUUCCCUUUCUUCUGCACACAAUAAAAACCCAAUUGAAGCCGAAGAGCAAGAUCAGAGCUGCGACAAUGUUAUUAUACCAGAAGGUAGCAAAAUCCUGUGCCAGCUGCAAGCUGAAGACCAAAACAACCGGGAUGCCGGUGUAGUGGAGUGCGGCAAAAACUCCUCUCUAUCAGAAAGUCACAGCAGUAACUGCUGUGCAGACCUGGCUGGAGCAGAGUCGGGCGCAACGUCCCUGCUGCUGGAAAACCAAGAUAAGAGCUGCGCCGCUGCCGAGAGCCUGGAGAGCAGCGGAAACGUGUCAGCACCUGAAGAACAGGGCAAGGACUUCGUGAAUGCCAGCGCGGUGGAUGGAGGCAAGAGGUUCUCCGAACUGGAAAGUCAAGGUCAGGAGUGCCCCAGCAUUGCCCAGGUGGAGCCUAACCAGAACCCCCCAGAAGCCCAAAAUGAGCCUCUGGCCACUCCGGAGCUGGUCCACGGUGCCGCCCCGUCAGCUCCUGCGGACCAGCACGAGCACUGGGCGGAUGCUGCUGUGCAGAACCGCGGCGGGAAGGUGCCCGUGGCAGAAGAGGAGGACAAGGAGCGUUCGGGCUUGGCCGAUGCGCUGUGGCGUGAGCUGCAUUUGUCUGCAGGCGAGAAAGAAGAGAGCGCGGCCGUCCGCGGGCAGAGCGGCCUUGAGGACGACUGCACCGCAGAGCUCUUUGCAGAGAUUGUGGGUUAUUUAACCGUGAAGGACAUCAGCAUUGAGAAGAUCAGCUUUGAUUAUUCCAGCUAUGGAGAUGCACAGCUCAACGAGGGGGAUUUUGGCCACGUAACUGAAAUCCAUGACUUCUCCCCGUCGCUGAAAACGGAGGACCUGUUAGAAGUGUUCUCGGAUUUCCACGAGAGUGGUUUCAAAAUCCAGUGGGUCGAUGAUACGCACGCCCUGGGAAUCUUCUCCAGCCCGUCUACAGCAUCUCAAGCCCUGGGGCGACGUUAUCCUUCUUUAAAGAUCCGACCAUUGAUCCAUGCAACAAAGCAGUCUAAGAUCAAGGCACUUCAACGGCCAAAGCUCCUUCACCUUGCAAAAGAAAGACCCCAGACUGACACUGCAGUGGCGAAGAGGCUGGUGACCCGGGCUUUGGGUUUGAAGCACAAGCAGCAGGGCGUCUCAGGCACCGAAGUGCUCCUGCCAGAAAGCUUGGACCAGGAGGAAUAA